AAAUUCUCAUGGACCAAACUACCUUGUGCAUUAGCCUGUAUAGCACGGAUAUUCAAUCGAUGCCACAACGGUAAAGCAAACGAAAACUAUUCAGAGUAACUCAAUACAGGACGCCUCACGCGUUUCAAGAACUCGAAGUCCCCUUUUGCUCCAAACUUUACCCCAUCCAAGCUGCAUUCGGCCCCAACCCCGCUCUUCCCAUUUCUGCCAGGGCGGGAGAAGGGAGGCAAAUGGGAAGCUGAGGAGGAAGGAUGCACCGAGGCAGAUGGAGCCUAAGGUCUUCCUGCCGGCAGCUGUAUGGGAAAGGCAGAAGCGGCGUGGGGAUGGGGGGGUGGAGAGGGAAGGGAGAGGAGAGAAGACGACGACGGCGACGCCUCCACCCAGGGAGGGCCCUUCCGCGCGCCACACUUGGCGUAGCCCGUCCUGCCGCUCCACCCGCCGCUGUUUGUUGCUGCAUGCCGGGGAAGUGGGGCCGGUCGGAGGGGGUAGAAAGAAGCACUCACUGAAGCAUCGCAGGCAGAGGAAGAGAGAGAGAGGCGCUGCGUACGCGCGCGUGCCUGUGCGUUUGAGCGACUCCCAGUGCAGGCACGAGACGGAAUUCCUGGGCUCGCGCCGUCAGUCACUUGCUCCCAGUGGCGCGAGACGCCGCCGCCGCCGCCGCCGCUCGUGCGGACCCCGGCGCGCGCGCCUGCAGCACCUCCUCGCUGCUGGGUCUUCCGCCAAGGAGGCUGCCUUGGGCGUCCCAGGCCGCUAGCGCUGGGGUUGCUCCUGUUAUUGCCGCCGCCGCCGCUGCUCCUGCUGCUGCCGCCGCGGCUCGAAGGAGCCGCUCCAUGACUGACGGCACUGACACAGAGAAGGAGGAGAGCGGGGCCCGGGGAGGAAGGCGAACGCGCAGGCGCGGCCUGCCAGCCAAUGGGGAGGCUGGCCCUGUCGGCGCUCGGCUAGUUACGCCUGCGGAGCUCUUUUCGCUCUCGCUCUCUGGCUCCGGCAACUCGCUGGUUCGGAGAAAGGUGACGCCGAAGAAGGAGGGGGGGGGGGAAUCUGAGGAUGUGCCGGAAGAAGCAGCACGUGCGCGGAGGGACCGGGAGAGGGGGCGGGGCCAGGGCGAGAGCGUGGUGCUGCGCUUGAGAAGCGUCGCCAUCGGCGCGUAAGUCCCGGGCGAGGGGGAGUUUUUCGUCCGCGUGGUGCUUUUCGGCGCAAGAUGCGCGUCUGAGCGAACGGGGACGAGAGGGUGCGAUGCUCUGCGUGCGUUGUUGCUGUGGCUGUUUAAAUAAGCAAUUCUCAUGGAGUUGAGUUUAGUGAGACACUUUUUUUUGCUGCUACUGCUACUCUUAUUUUUAAAAGGAGAAGUUGGGGGCAAGCGAAGAGAGGAGAUACAGACCAGAUCGCAAGUGAAAUAUCUUUCAUAUACCGAGCCUGAGACUAUACUGAAUGGGCUUCACUGUUAAGAAAGCGUGCGACCUUAAUAGCACGUGUGGCACUUGGUUGUGAGGGAUCUGUGUCAAAGUAUUUAGGAUGUUAUUUUGAACGAGAGGUGCCAAAAUUUCAAGUUUCCUUGGAAGUCCUGUCAUUGCCUGCUUCUUGAUUUUUCAGACGGUACGGGCAGGAUGUGGUUUCUUGGUGGUGAGGGCUGGAUCUGCAUUGAAGUCCGGAUGUUAAUGGUGACCCUUUUGUAGUUGCUCCUUGAGAACCAUAAGCAACCCAUAACCUGUUCGGAGUGUUGCUUCUGUGAUCCCGGGGGAUGAAAGGCAAUCUUGCUAGCAGUUGCUAUGUUUGGGGAAGAUGUUGCGGUUAGUGACAUCUAAGGCUGCAAUGUGAAAUAGGAACUUCCUGGUUCACAACUCACACUCUUAACCCUACAUUAGCUCACUCUUCAUUGAUGGCACAAACUAGAAUGAAUACAGAGAACCCAUGUUAAGGAAGUGCACCUGCAUAAAAUAAUAAAUUGUGGACUAGUAGCGCAAUUAAUGCAUACUUCAAGUGUUCCUUCUCAAAAUCUUUUAUUUUAUUUUAGAUACUGUCUUCAUGGCUGCAAUUUACUCUGGCAUUCACCUGAAGCUAAAAAGUGCAAAGACAUCAUGGGAGGACAAACUCAAGUUGGCUCAGUUUGCAUGGAUUUCUCACCAGUGCUUUCUUCCAAACAAAGAACAAGUAAUGUGUUUUCAUAAAUGUACCCCCUCCCACAAAAAAUGUUCCAAAUUAAUUUUGUAUAUAGAGCCUUGGUUCAACAGAGAUAAUGUUAUUCAAGCCAUUUUUUCAUAUUUAGCUAAUACCCAUCUCUAACUGGAAGUGGCAGGGAAUACUUUGGUAUUUCAUUUUGUUCAAUUUUUCAUAAAAGGCUGUUGUUGUUAUUACCUGCCCUUUACCCUAAGGUUCAGGGUUAAAAACAGUUUAAACAACUUACAAUCAUACAAAUAAGAUUUAUUACAAGAAUGCCAUCUUUGGUACAUUACUGUAAAGAUGUGUAUUCUCUCAAGGAAAUUUGGGUUUCAGUAAAUAUGUAGCACCUAGUUUUUGUAGCAACUGUACUGUCUUGCCUUUCCAAAUAAUGUUUUUUACACGUCACGAUGGGGGUACAUUCUACAUUUGGAUUUCCAGAGUAUUAGCACACCUUGAUUGCUAUUUUAUUUCCUAAAAGCCCCAGUUUAGACAUCCUUCUGAUCUCAGUGGGAGAGUUAAGCUUGUGCUCAAUUCUCUUGCACUGAAACCAGUGGGACUUGAAAAGAACUUUACUGCUCCUGAAUAGUGCUUUGAGACAUCAAAAUCCAUGAACCCUCAGAGUUUAUACCAGGCUCAUUGCGCAAGCAGAAGUUGCUGCCCAGUCAUUGCUGACAGGACUCGUUAAGUGAAUCCUGCCCAUAGUUCUGGAGCAUAUGCAGAAUUCCAGCUGAACUUGAACUUCUUGUUAGCACUCUUGGAAACUUCCAUGAAAACUCCAGAGUAGCUUACACAUGGUUUCUAGGCAUUUCCCCCCAUCUGGACAGUGCAUUAUGUGUCCUCACGCCCCUUCUUUCCUCCCUCCCUCCCUCCCUCCCUCCACAUUAUCUUUAAAAUAUGUAGAAUGGCUAUUAUUAGUGUAUAAAUAUAUUUGUGAACACAGGUCUUGCUGGAUUGGGUGUGCCAUACCCUGGUUUCCUGUUCCAACAAGAAACUUGAAUUGCCCAAUGAUAUUGUUGAGAAGCUUUGGACGUACCUGGACAACAUCCUUCAUAGCAGGAAGCUGCAGAGUCUCUUCAAGGAUGGAAAGACAAUUACCCUACGUUUUUCAAUUGCACAGGUAACUUGAUGUGUAGAUAUGUUCAGGACAGUAUGACCCUGUUUAUCAGUGGGUAGUGUAUAGUCCAUGCUGGGCCUUUCUGACUGUCCCACCUCUUCCGUCAUAAGUUCCCCUCUAAUUUUCUCUGGUAACCUCCACUAACUGUUGGCAGCUGUUGCUCACCCUGACUGCCGUAUUCCUCUAAUAUUGCAAAAGUGCAUGCUGCCAUGUUUAUAUGUAUUGGCUGCAGCUUGUAUGUAUAUAUAAUCCUCAUGUGCGUGCAAGAAACUUGGUGUGGCUUCCAGUGAGGUCACAACUGCUUUGUUCCUCCCUCUUCUUUUUAAAUCCUGUUUUGUAUUGAGCUAAGACAAGGUUUGACCUAGCAUAAGGUUCUCCUUAUGAACCACAAACUCUAGCCCAAGAUUCAGCCUUACCUUGAUGUGUAAACAAGGCCAUCUUGUGUAUAUUUAUUCAGAAGCAAAUCCCACUAAAUACAUUGAGAUUUAACUCCCAGUACAAUAGGGUUUAACUCCCAAUAACUGGUUUUAUGAUUAUAACUGUAUAACAGAUAGUUUUAGGCUGUAGCCCUAACUAAUCUUGGGAGUAAGCCCCAGGGAAGUCAAUAGGACUUGCCACUGACUAGGUUAGCACUGUGCUGUCAGUCUUUUAUUGCCCAAUAAAUUCUGCAAUCAUGCAGGAAAAUUAGCUCUGUAAUUUUUUGAGAACAUACUGCUUUGAACAAUUUAGAACAAACAUAUUUAGGACAUUAAAAUAUAGAAUGUUUAUAAGAACAAAAUCUUUUCUGGUCACUUUUGAAGAACCUAAUCUAAAAGGUCACUGAAACAGGAUAUGCUGCAGAACAGCCUAGAUGACAUUUAGAAAAGAGAUUUUUUUUCAUUCUGCAGAAGCACAAUGCAGCUUUUAGAGUCAGUGUCACAUAUGACUUUUAGAAAGACUGCAUACUACGGUAUCCCCCUCAUCCACAUGUUAGGGGUCUUUAGUUUGGCUGUCAGCAGGUCCUGGCCCCUCUUUUGUCAGGAUCUAAUCUCUAGUCUUACAAGGAGCCUCAGUGGAUUAUUUGUCUUAGGGACAACAAUAUUUUUGUUGGAAGGGACAACAAUUCUGAUGGCGGGGGGGGGGGCAAAUAAUAAUAAUAGGUGAUUUAUUACAUGAUACAUAAGCUGCAGUAAAUAUCUGUAACUCUAACCAAACAUCACGUAAGAAGACACUUGAUGGAGAGCUUCUGACCUUCAGCUCCUCUAGCUAUUGACCAUUAGAGUAUCAUUUCCAUGUAGAAGAUUGACCGUGAAUUGUCUUUGCUUCUUGUUUACGCUCCAGGUCAUGAAUGAAAAGCUUUCCACCUCUUAUGCCCAAAAAACCUUGAAGGACGUUGGCACUGUGCUAAGUUGCUGUAGUGGCAUCCUGUCUAUGCCCCCUCUCUCGAUAGUUUACACUGCAAAAUUUGAGCUCCUGGUGGACCUUCUGAGCAAGUUGUCCUGUCUGGCAUGUUGGCAGUUGUCAUCGGAAGAGGCUGUGUCACCCCAGUUGCUCGAAGUCCUCCAGCUGACCUUCCAGCAGUACCUCCUGAUUCAGAGGCAGCAGGCCAAUGCGAACCGUGUAUUUGGGCAAGUGACUAAGCAGCUGCUUCAGCCGUGCCUGCUCCUGAGGCAUUUGCUCACUAGUGGGGCAUGGACACAGGCGGAAGACGGCCAUCUGCGUCAGCAUCAGAGCAAGGAGAUCCGGAACAGUAUAGAAGCCCUGCUGGUGGCUGGUAUUUUCCGGCCAGAACUCUUGCCGUCUUACAGUGAAGAGUUGCUGCCAGAGAAGGAGCCUCACGCCGUAAGAAAAGGGGGUUUGAAACAUCUCCUGCUGCCGGCCAGCACAAUCCAGGCUAGAUUAGAAGAUGCUAGCUUUUGUCCUCCAGCUCUUCAUGGGAAAGUGGUAGCAAACUCGGUGCCUCUGCUCUUUAAGCUGUUCCUAGAAUCCUACAAUAAGGCUGAAAACCACCUUGUCUGCUUCCACAUGCUCACCAGGCUUUAUCGCUGUCUAAGGAUUUCAAACCUGCAAGAGGAUCUUUGGAACAGCCAGUUUUCUCCGUCAGAAUGGACCUCGGAGCUCCUGGCCAUGGAGCAGCUUUUGAACUCGGUGCUGAGCAACGGCAUCUAUAACGUUGCCGCAGAUAGGAUUCGACACAAGGAAGUGCAGUUUCACUUUUACCGCCAGCUGGCACAGAUUCUGGUGAGUCAUUCCCAGCCUGCCAUCCCUGCCUGGUUCAGGUGUCUCAAGGCCUUGAUCUCCUUAAAUCAUUUGAUUGUGGAGCCUGAUUUGGACGACUUGGUGGCCUCUGCUUGGAUUGAUGCAGAGGUCUCUGAGCUGCGUACAAAAAAGGCUCAGGAGACACUUGUUGCGACUCUCUUCCACACUUACGCCAAGCUGCGCCAGUUCCAAAAGCUCUUUGAAGAGGUUUUGUCCGUCAUCUGCCGUCCUGCUGCAGAGGAGCUGAGGCUCCCGGUUCUUCCUGCAGGCAUCCGGGCCAAGCUCUGCGAGUGCCUCCUUGAUCUGCCACCCAAUCAGAUCCUGGACAUUGUGGCACUCAUACUGGAGAAGUGCCAGACUUUCCUUAUACCUGAUGUCAGAGGAGACUCUGACGUGGCCUCGAAGCUCCAGUCCAUGAGCUCAUUGCUGCACUCUGUUCUGUUCCAUAUGAGGAGCUUAGAUGAUUCCACCCCGUUGCCUGUUGUGCGUCGGACUCAGAAUCUGAUGGAGACGAUGCAGAGGGAGGUGAUCCGAGCUUUGUUUGACCUGCUGACAGAUUGCCAGGCAGAAGAAACAGAGCUGGAGCUUUGGGUAGAGAAAGUUGGUGGCUCUGCUCUCCUCUUUGCUUGCACUUGGGUAGCGGCCAAUACCCUUUUCAGUUUAAAUUGCCCAAAGUAUGCCUCCCCGGCAGGCAAAACAACCUUGGCUCUUACUGAUUCCACCGUAAGCAACUGGGACUUCUCGGCUGUCCUCCCUGGUUUGGAUACGCAGAGUUGGGAGAAGAUCACAAAGCUCUUAAGCUGUUCCUGCUCAGGGAGCAGAUACUGUACAGAAUGGCUGGUGCUUCAGAAAAUGAAGAUGAUGCUGAUGCAAUCCAGCUCUCAGACAGAGGCAUCCCACCAGGCUUUGCAGUGUGCUGGAGCUUUCAUCCUUCAGUCUGGAAGAUGUUGCACGAAUGGAGAAGAGUCAGAGCCCUGGGAUGGCAAUGCAGGCGCAAUAACUAGCCUCACUUACCCUACCGCUCACUGGCACCUCGUAGUCUCCAACCUUCCCAUCCUGGCCCCCUAUCUAUCCAUGAGUGAUACAUGGUACGUUGCAGGUGUGCUCCUGAAAACACUGUUGGCGAACCAGACACAGGCAGCCCCUGAUGGUGACGGCAGCUCCUUAAUCACCGUUGGAAAGGUGUCUACAGAUUUGCUGCAUAGUCCUCUUCUUCCAGAACUGCGGGCAAUACACUCCUCUUUCCUAAGCCACAUAGUCCAGCACUGUGCGAGCAUCGUUGCCAACCAGUCUCUUCAACAGCUGUCUGCAGAAGAUGUGCCAUGGUGUGAGUUUGACCCUUCUGGUCGCGGUGCCAGCACAGGGCCUAGCAGCGAACCUUCCAUGUGCUGGACAGCAAUGGAGAAAGCUGCUCAGGUUAUACUAUCAUCAGCAAAGGGGAGGGAUUAUGUGACCUUGGAAGAAGAGCACCUCAAUAGGCUUUUGGGUUUGCUGGAUAUAAUUUCGGCGUUGAAUCUGGACAGCCUCUUUCCUCUGGGCCACACGCGGUGCUUCCUUUUGCUGUUAUCUUUGGCUGCCAACACCAAGGCAAGCGUUGCUUGCAGCGAGGCCUUGUCUCUGAAGUUCAGGACAACCUGCUACCGUCUCCUGGCCUGCCUGCAGACGGGCAGGAACGCAAAUUCGUCCUUCAAGGUCCUGCAUGCCAGCGAUGUUCUCGAAGCCGCCCUCUCCUCUGCAUUUGCAGCGUGCAAGACUUCGGCCGGUGUUUCAACAGCUGCUCCGUGGGAUGAAUUUCUGUGUGGGAUCCAGGUCUUUUUGGAGCACUACCUUCAGUUCACUCUCGAGAGGCGGCAAAGUGUGAAGCUGAACCUGGAAAAGUUCAUGUCGUUCCUAGCCACUUGCAAGCCGUGUGCAGCCAGCAGCGAACAUGCUGAGAGUUGGAGCCCUGCUGCUGACCAGCUCCUCUUGGUGGCAGUAACAGCACAGUGUCAAGUUCUGACUUUGCACCUCCAGCACCGCCAGCAGCAGGGGAACCAUCAGGCUUCAGGAACGCUGCCUGUUUUGCUGGAACAGGCAGUGCUGCAGACGGGAGCAACCAUCCAGCUCUGCCUUAGAAAUCACACCAAAGGCCAGCCGUUGCCUUUGGUGUUCCUGCCGUGCAUUACGACCCUUCUGAAAGCAGAUUCUUUUCUUGCGCAGUCGGUGACGGGGGAGAGUGCACAAAAAAGCCCCGCACAGCCGAGCAAAUGCCAGCAGCUGUCUCACCGCGAAUUGUACCAACGUUUCUACAUUCAGCUCUUGAGAGAACUUGACUUGGCUGGUGGCAACGUCCAGUUCCUUCGCUCCGCGCUGCAGUUCCUAACUGCCUUCUGUUCCAUGCCCGAACUGUAUCCUGCACAAGCAACUUCCAUUGCUGCAUUUCACUCCAUCAGAAAACUACUUGCAGGUAACAACGGGUUAUCCUUCCUACUCUCUCAACCUUUUGUUACACGUGGAAGCCUUAAGGGAGUCUGUGAAUUACAAUGUUGGUACAGACAUCCAGCUUGGGGAUGGGGAACCUUGAGCCUUCCAAAAGUAGAUGGACUACAACUCCCCUCAGCUCCAGCCACUGUGGUCUACAGUCAGUAAUGAUGGGAAUUGUAGUCCAGCAGCAUCAAAGAGCCACAGGCUCCCUAUCUGGAUGAUAGCUGCUGCUUAAUAGCAUAGCCUUACUUGCUGUCGUGCAUUGUCUUAGAGCCACUUCACUCUGCAAGAUCCCAUCUCUUUGCUGUACUAGGUAAGGAAAAUCAUGAUGAUGUUCCCUUAGAGAGUUCAGAAUCAAGGUCAUGUGUCAGGAGAAGCCCGGGCCACCCAUUCUCCUUAGCCUCAGGCUUUUGAAAGGAAUAGGGAUCCUACCCACAUAAGAAGCACUUACUCUCUUUUUUUAAAAAAAAUAAUAUUUAUUAAUAAUUUCAGAAUUACAGAAAAAAAAUAAAAAACAACACUGCAAUACAUAAAAAGAAGAAAAAACGCAAAACAUAAAAACCAAUACAACAAUACAGCAAAAAAGAAAAUAAAAAAGGGAAAAAAGACACAAAUCCCAUAUUACAUAUCUUUAACUUCCAUUUGCUUGUUUCGUUGACCUCCUCACACCUCCCUUUUUGUAUUCUAGUUUAGUUAGUUAUUUCAGCAAAUUCUUUCCAUCUUUCUCAAUUUUUAUUAAAUAAUUUAUCUUAACAAUUUAACCUAUUAAUUAACUCGACAGAUCCUUUCCAUCUUUCCCCAUAUUCUGUUAUUCAAAUUACCUUAAUUUAUUUAGCCUUAUCUUACCAUAAAAUACCUUAAAGCUUAAAACUUAAUACUCAGUUAUACAUAACUCCUGAUAUCAUUUCUGCUAGAGUCAUAUAGUUUCAUUCCAACAUUUUCCCUAAUAUUCAUUAAUUUUAGGCUAAUUCCCUAAAUAAAAAUUUUCUUUAUAAAUUUUCUUCCAAUCUUCAUCCAACGUCUCUUCUUCCUGGUCUCGGGUCGUGUCAGUCCUUACUGUCCAUUCCAUCUAGUCCAUCAACCUGGAAGUCUUAUGUCCGAGGCCCUUAAGUCUCUUCCAUGUCCCUUCUGCAGAUCUUCUUCUUCUUGUUUAUGCUUGCACUUUUCCUUGUCUUUUGUUGGUCUCUUUCUUAAUUUCUUUCCUUUCUCAUUGAGGAGUAGGUCUCUGGGGGGUUCCAACCCAAAGUUAUCUCCGUCUCCCUUCAUCAAACCAGCCCAUUCCCCACAGUCCCACUCCCCACAGUCAUCAAUAUAAUCCAAAAAGUAUUUACGAGCAUAUUUCAAAGUCUCUCCAAAGUUAAAAGCCUCCUCAGCUCCAGACUCCCCCUGGCCCACUCCAACUUCAAUCUUCAAAAACAGCGGCUUAUGCUCCUGUAGGGCCUUGGGCCUCUCCAUUUGUAUUAUUUGAGGUGCAACCGCAGCCUCCUCCAUUAUCUUCUGCACUUGCCCAAUCAAUACAGGUUCCUGAGUUGGAUCCUGGAUGGUUUCUGUAUCACUAUUCACUAUUUGUCCACAGUUAUUGGCCACAACAGUCAUCAAAUCCAUUUUCUCAUUCAUCAAAUCCAUCUUCUCAUGCAUCUGUUCCAACAAAGCACUUGUCUUGCAUAAAGCAAGCACCAAAACUUCCUUCCAGCUCAUAUUUAGUCAAGGUCAAAAGGACUAAUCCCACGAUCUUAAUCUCACAGCUGUGGAAUCCUCAAGUAGACUGCAGUAACAAUUUAGCAGGCUCCCUCUAGAGGAGACAAUUUCUAUUUGUAUCCAUCUUUUUAAGGCAAGUCCAACAAAGGAAAAUUACUUUCAUUUUUCAGAUAUUUUGUUUCUUUAGAAUGCAAAAGGCAACACUGGAAUCAGUUUAUUUCUCUUCUUCAGCUAUCUGUCAAAGUAUUCCAUUCACAGUCAAUGAACCUCUCCAACAAUUUCUGUCUCUGACACCCCGUUCCCAGGUUAGAGACGGUGGAAACUUAUCUUUCUUCACUCCCUCUCCUGCAGGCGUUACACAAAGUCCCCCCCCCUUUUCUCCUGCUUCCAAGGGGGUUUCAGUAGUUAUAAAUGAAGGAAAUUUAGGCUUUUUUAACGACUUUCCAGGCUUUAGCUUAUAAGGCUUUUGCUUUAGUCUAUAUACAAAAAGCGGAAGGCGGACUUCCUGUUUUGAACCUUCCCGCUUCGAUGUCAAAUUAAGAUAUUUCUUGAUCCAAUUUUCCGUUUCUACUCACGGGUAGUUGUUUUAAAUCCAAUUGUCCACAGGAAAAAGUCAGCGCUCUCCGGCGAUGGCUGUGCGGCUUCACUCCGUGAAAGUAGCAGUCAGUUCGCAGCACCGCGCUACUCACCCCACUUCACUCUGGAAUCCCAAAAAGGGGUUCCCCGUGAGUAGGGGGGGCGCUCCUGGUGCCCUGCCGAACCCCACGUUCCCAGGCUUCCUCCGCCUGGGAUUUCUAGCGGGUCCCCACCUUCGCCGCGGCGGGAAGACCCAGUUUCCACGGAGCCAGUUCCUCCGGUCGGAGGAACUCCGCCAUUCGCCGAUGGCGCUAACCCGGAAGUCCAAGAAGCACUUAUUUUCUUUGAUGGAAGCUUGUGUGUGAUGAAAGAUACAAAGAAAAGGCUAAGGAGUAAACCCUACACAAAUAAAGAGUGGAGUCCCUAAGAUGGUUGGAUGGUGCCUUGUACUCCUCCUUCCAGCAGCUCCUGCAACCAAGCUGGUGCCAAAUGUAUUGUUCUGCUUUCCUUUGGACCAUAUCAGUGAGGCUGAGGGGAGUCUUGCCAUCUGAGCACCCCAGGACCUCCAUAUACACUGCCCAGGCUUGCGUCCCAGAGAGAUCAUUUUGGUGCUGCUAAUGCAGCAAAAACAAUGUGGGAGGCAGCAGUUAUGGGUCUCUACAGCCACAGCAGGCACAGUGAUUCUCCAGCAGUUUCAUUUCACCCUCAGAGAGGCACUCCAUUGUCUCUCGAGACAGAUGGAUGCCAAGAACUUCAGCAGAAGUUCAGAAAAGCGUUAUGAUUCAUGCAAACCCAUUUUGUGAAUUGUUCUUAAAAUGAUUCAGAACCCAGCAGCCUCCAGCAGGCCUGGAGUUUGGAUGAUAGUGUUGUCUUUCAUUAUUGCAGGUCCCGGAGUCACCGUCCAAGUGAUUCGAGAUCUGGAAGUGCAGCUGACAGAACUGAUGGCCCAGCUGGUGGAGAAUUGUACCCCUGACGACUUUUGUGCCAUGUUGAGGGUGGUGCUUGAGGGAUUAGAUGUUCGCAAUAUUUGGAAACAAAAUCAUGAAGUAGGGGAAAAUUAUUUACUUCUCUUUUAAACUUCUCAUAUGCAACACAACUGUUCGUUGUCCAUUACAUAGCAACCAUAUGACAGCAAGCACUUUUUUUUACUACUCUUAUGUGGAAAGGAGGUAUCAGAAUGUGUAGCAUUGAAAAUGACAUGUUUGGGCAUCUUGGGCUGGCUUCUACAGAAUCAAACUAUUUAAUCUCAGGAUGAGGAACAACCUCUGGUCUUACAGAUAUUGUUGCUCUCCUCUAACUUCCCUUGGUAUUGGGGAUGAUAGCAAUUGUAGUUCACAAACAUCUGGCAGGCCAAUUCCUGAUUUAACCAGUGUUGCCUGUUCUGUGUGGCCCUGGCUCUCCCAAGAUCUCAGGUUGAGAUCUUUUAUCAGAUCUACUGCCUGAUGUUUGCUUUCUCUGGAGAUGCUGGAAAUUGAAGCUGGGACCUGCUGAGGACGACACGUAUGUUCUGCCCAUUGAGUUACGGCCCUUUCCCAAAAGUGCUUUAGCCUUUCAUUUGUAAAUACUGUAAAUGGGGAAUUGGACCUCUAGUACAGAUUCUACUCUGUUUACAUGCUACUAUCUCAACUCUUGAAAUGCUUUGUCCUUGCAUUACUAAAACCACAUGCACAAGAAAAGUAUUGGCAGAGUUGGGGGUAGCCUGUGGGGGUUGCAGAAAUAAACAUAUAUUUAGGGAAAGGAAUAAUGCCCUAAAAGAGCCCAGUAAGGACAGCGUUCAGUGGCCACAGAAGGAAAAGCCUGAAAACCAGUGUGUCUGUGUGGAGAAAGAUAGGGGGAAAUGGAAAUGGAAAAAGGAGGUCUGAGGAAGAGACACAUUAAAAAAUAUUUUACUUGUCUAGAAAAAAGUGUAUAACGCAGACUCUGAACUCUUAUUUUGAUGGGCUUAAAUUUUAUUCAUUUCCAUGGAACUGUGAUUAUACCUAACUUUCCCGGGGUUGCACCCUUUCACCUUCACGUCUCCUGUUUGAAAUGCAAUGUUUGUUUUUAUUUUGUGCAGGAAGCAUUGUCGGCUGUUACUCUAGUCAAAGUGCUGCUUGGCUGCCCUUUAAGCAGAGAGAAAGAGAAAGCGUUCUGGUUUUCCAGUCCCCGGAUAAUCACUGCUUUAGUUGUGAGUAUCUCUGCAGCCAGAACUGUGGUGCUUCGGAGCCUAUCUGUGCUACUGACACUAAUGCACUCGCCACGUGCCUUUUAUUCCCAAGGAGUGUGUGGUGGGGAGCUGGUGUUGUCGAUCGGACUCCAACUCCCAUCAUUGGCCAAGCUGGCUGGGGCUGAUGGGAGCCGGAGUUUGGCAGUGUCUAGAGCGCAACAGGUUCCCCACCCCGACGUGUACAUGAGUAGAUGGAAAGUGAGGAGCUACACUUGUUGGGUCCAUGCCCUUUCCAAACUUUAGUUUUGCAACAUGGCUGGGAUUUCUACUCUUCUGCAUGGGAGUGAUAGCACUCCACCUCCAAAGAAUCAUAAAGGAAGGGGGAAUUGUUUCUCCAAAUGGGGAAUGGAUGAGUGUUCCAGACCUAGGGUUACACAGUGGGAGAAUAUGAAGCCACUCCGGACAUUGGAGUGUGUUAAAGUAGCACUAAGGGGACGUUCUGUCAGCUCAGUGAUUUCUCCUUGUGCAAAGGAAUCUUCACCCCCUCUCCCCACACAACUCUCCCACUCAACCCUCAAGAGCAUAGCAGAUUUGGGCACAGGGUAGGAUACGUGUCAAGGGAGGAGAGGGGGAAAAUUAUAUUGUGUAUGCAAUGAAUAUAUAUGUGAAUUGAUGAAGCAGUUGCAAUUCCAGCAGAAAAUAGUAACCCUCCUCCUUUUCACUUAAAAAAAUAGAAAAUCAAAUGGUUCAAGUGCCCCAGAACUAAGAUACCAUAACAGGGGAGUGCAUAGCCAUCAGUAACAUAAACCAAAAAUGGAAAAAGUUAACUAUUUACAAAGGGGCACAGAGGGGAGGGGAAUUGCUGGCCGCAUCAGAGUCGUUCAGUAGGUUCCUGUGAUGCAGGUACAAAUAGAAGUUGCAGGAGCAAUAAAAUGUCCCUUCUGGGGAAACAUCAUCUUUCCGAAUUUCAAAACAUCACUCAUCCAGCGCUAGGGAGAUGUAGUAUCCCAGCAGGUGAUGUGCAGCCUUAAGACGUUUGGGGUGUGUGUGUGUGUGUGUGUGUGCAUGUGCAGAAAACAGAGUUACCUCUGUUGAGCUAGAAAGAAAUGGUAGCACAGAAGGGCCGUUGAUUUCUGCCUAUAUUGCUUGGUACGUCCUUCUGCCGUAAACGUACAUAAACUUUUACAAAAUUAGAUUUCGGGUGUCUUGGAUACAGAACUAUGGAUCUGCAUUCACAUACCAGUGUUACUCCUGUUGGAGAAAACCACAUGUGCCUCCGGAAGCUCUGCUUCAUUGUUUGAUGGCAGCAGAAGCUUGCCAGGAAAGGACACGGUAGAGAAACAGGGGCACACAUCCUUUCCUACAGCUGCUGCUUCUUUCCUUCCUUUUUGACUCAGAUGCAAAUGAAAGAGGCAUCUCAAGAUCCAAAACGCAUACCCAUCCUCGUCGUACCUAUCCUGGAGACAGUGGCAGCCCUCCUAAGGCAAGGAGAAGGCGUUUUCUCUAACCCGCAUCACGUCACCCUGGUGUUCAAUAUUCUUCUGACUGUCCCUCUCGACCAAAGGGAGUACGGGAACAUCUUCCUGGGAAUUCACGAGGUUCUCUUUUCCAUCCUGCAGUGUCAUCCUAAGGUAACAAAGGGGGCAGAGUUCAUAUGUUGAUUUUGAUGUGUUUUUAUCCUUUUUCCUAAGGUCUAGAAGUUGCCGGGCAACAACUCCCAUCAUUAUGAUUUUAUUUAUUCCAUUUCUAGCCCCCCCUUUCCCAUAAGGAGAUCAAAGUGGCAUGCAUAGCAUUCGUCCCCAUUUUAUCCUCGCAACCACCUACGAGGUAGCUUCGCCUAAGAGAGUGUGAUUAGUCCCAGGUCACCCCUUGAGCUUUGUGACCGGCUUGUGUACUGAGAGGGGCAGAUGGAGGGAUGUUGCAUCCAAAACUGGAUUGUGAGUUUUAGGCCCCAUUAAAUAUUUUUAUGGUUGAUUUUCUAGCAGCUUGUCACCCGCCCUGUGAUCAUAUUGCGAUGGAAGGGUGGGAGAUAAAUUUAGCAAAUAAAUCUGUUUUGAAGUUAAAACACGGAUUGCCUUUUGUUACAGUGCUUCAGUGUUGUAUUUAAUUGGUUUGCAGGUGAUGCUCAAAGCAGCUCCAUCUUUCUUGAACAGUUUCCAUAGACUGGUUAUUUCAGUUAUGCACGAGGGGAAACAGAAAGGAGACAGAGGUCUGGUAUUUUAUUUGUAUCCCAUUCUAUUUCCUAUCCUGUGAUCCUGUCCUGUGUGUAAAACGCUUUUGCAUAGUGGAGCCAGCUACAUCUUGCAAGAUUCGAAGUUUAGCAGCACAAACUGGAAAAUGUUUAUUCCAAAAUAUGUCUCAUUUUUGCUCAGUUGGGCUUACAUCCUAAAAGUGUGCAUCCUAAAUUAACUAGUGUCAUGCAGUGGCUUUGUGUGAUAGUGCUUAUUUAUGGAAAGGUGAAUGAUAUUCGGUAGUGGGUGGAGGCAAUGAUCACACCAAGAACCAGUAAGACCUCACUCCUUGGGGUAGAAGCCUAUCCCAACGACCACAACAUAGAGAGAAGGGAUGGUACAUCAACCUUUGUCUCUGGUCUCUCAUUGGCUUUUCCUGAUUGGUCAAUCACCUUCCACUGGAAAAAAGCUUGCCUGCCUCUGGUGUAUGGGACUGCAGCUGAAGUCCUUCCGUCAACAUGCAAAGUCAUGUUUCUUUCUAUUCUCCUUCACCGCACACUAAAAUUUGUCCUGCACAGGUCAGGAGGGAGUUCCUGUUACACAGUCUCAUUGUUUUCAUAUGCAUACUUUCUAUUCAGCCCCUUAUUUCCCUCAUUUUGUUAACAUUUUAUAACAGGCUGCAGAAACAGUUGUGUUUGGUUGAUUUUUGGUUUGUUCCUGUUUUUUACAGGGGGGUGGGUGGGAGAAUCACGAAAGGAUUAAAAAAUAAAACUCUGACUUUAAACUUUGCUUUCCAAGGGAUCACAGAUGAAUUUGAAGUUAUACUGAGGUGUGCCCACUUGGUGGAGCGGAUGUAUACCUACAUUGCUGCAAAAACAGAAGAAUUCACUGUGUUAUCUUCCUUCAUUGUGGCCCAGUAUGUAAUUGAACUGCAGAAGGUAAUAAUCAGCUAUUUACUAUUUAUUUGUAAGAAUGGAAAAGAGGAGAGUAUAAUGAUUAUAUGUUCCUUGUGCAUCAAACGUCAUAAAUAGAUUGCAAAAAUAUUCUGGAGCUUUAAGAGAUGCUUGCAAUUAAGGUAGGUUUUUAUUAGAAUUUGGAAACUAGCCACCAGCCAUGACGGCUGCCUAGUACCACCGCUAAUGGAGGUGGCCUAUGCUCAGGGCUUGCCACCGUGAGAACAGGAUGAUGGGAUAGAUGGGCCUUUGGCCUGAUCCAUCAGGGCCUUUUCUUACAUUCUUAAACCUCAGUUUAAAGUGGGGUUUCUGAUUCUGAUUUGGAGGUGAACUAUGGUGUGCAGUUACCAUAGUUUGACCGGUUCAGGACCUUGGCAAAGUGUGGUUACAGCAAACCAGACAGUGCAGGGAAGGGAAUCAGGACCCUGCAAGGCUGAAGCCUGUUCCUGAGGUCGGAACCUGUGUCUUUGUUGCUGAUAUACUAGCUGUUUUUUGGGUCUGCUUCUCGGCAGGUGCUCUGUUGUCUUCUUUCUCUGCCUUCACCCCCUCUCACUAACUAACUAAUAAAAUAAAAUAAAAUAAAAUAAAAUUUAUACAUAGCGUAUUUUUCGCUCUAUAACACGCACCCGACCAUAACACGCACGUAGUUUUUAGAGGAGGAAAAUCCGUAGGCAUGCCACCCGUAGGCAUUCCCUCCAUAACACGCACAGACAUUUCCCCUUACUUUCUAGGAGGAAAAAAGUGAGUGUUAUAGUGCAAAAAAUACGGUACAUACAUACCCCACCUAUCUAGCUGGGUUUCCCCAGCCACUCUGAGCAACUGACAGCAGAAUAUUAAAAACAUGAUAAAACAUCAAACAUUUAAAAACUUCCCUAUACAGGGCUGCCUUCAGAUGUCUUCUAAAAGUCGGAUGGUUGUUUAUUUCCUUGACAUCUGAUGGGAAGGCGUUCCACGGGGCGGGUGCCACUACCGAGAAGGCCCUCUGUCGGUUCCCUGUAACUUUGCUUCUCGCAGGGAGGGAACCGCCAGAAGGCCCUCGGAGCUGGGCCAUGGGGGUGGAGACACUCCUUCAGGUAUACUGGGCCAAGGCCGUUUAGGGCUUUAAAGGUCAGCACCAACACUUUAAAUUGUGCUUGGAAACGUACCAGGAGCCAAUGUAGGUCUUUCAGGACCGGUGUUAUAUGGUCUCGACAGCCACUCCCAGUCACCAGUGUAGCUGCUUCAUUCUGGAUUAGUUGUAGAGCACAUUGCAGUAGUCCAAGCUACUACAAAAAAAACCCAUCCCUUUUAACGUACAGUUCAUUAACCAGGUGUUUCAUCCCUAGAUUACAUACUAAUUUGAGCACCCUUUUUUCCAGUUCAGGGAAUAAGAAAUGAAGGAGGAUUCUGAAUUUUGUGUGAAAGCAAGCUUUUCCCCCCAGUUCCCCCUCCCCCAUUUAUUUUUAUUUAAAAUAUUUCUAUACUGCUCUUAUUAAAUGUUGCCAGGAUAGUCCACAGCAAUGCAACAAAAUUCUGUUGAAAAUAUUAUAAUAUACAUCAGAAUCCAUGGAACACAAGCUGAAUAACACUUAGGCUCAGCAUUCAUAACCUGCUAGCACAUGGGUGAACUGAAAUGCAACCAUCGGAAGAAGAUGGCACUUGCUUUAUUCCAGACAGGAGUCAGUUCCGCAAUUUGGGUGCCAUACGGGCAGGUCUUUGUUGGAAAAUGAGUUCCUUCAGAUAUCAAAGUCCCAAGUUGUUUAGGGCUCCAUGCAUCAACACAAGAACCUUAGAUCUGCCGCAGUAGCAAAUUGGCCGCCCGUGCAGGUUUUGUUUCCCCCCCAAAAAAGCACGUCACAUGCUCAUCUUAGGUCACCCUGCUCAGCAACCUCACCACUAGCCGCAGCUCCUGAAACAGUUUUAAGGGCAGCCCCUCCCCCCAUGGAGCACAUUGUAAUCAUUUAUUCAAUUUCUUUCUUGCCUUUCACCAUAAAGUCCAAGGGCGGUGACAGCAAUUUAAAAUACAGUCUGCUCUGCGAACGUUUAGCAUCAGCAUGGCAGCUUGCUGCAGUUUUUCCAGCUUUAGGGGGAGCUUUUUCAGGAGGAUGUCGUACUUCAGGUGCAAAAAAAAGGCCAGUUGUUGGCUGCUGGAACCCCAUUAAACAGGUACUGUCAAGGAACUGCUUGAUUGAGCAGGACAUGGAAUAGAGGCGUUCUGCAUUGUAAAUGUUUUUGCACCAAUAAUAAAGCCUUUGAAAAGACCAGUGAGGGAUCUUGCCUGAUCGCUCUCGAGCAACCACACCGAUAGGCAUAACAGUUACAUAUAAAGAUGAACGGUUUUUCUUGGUAAUAAUGAUUCCCCGGCCAUCUCGGAUGAUGCGCGUUGGUCAUUUUGUUCUUCGAAGGCAGCUUCCACUUCUGCAGCAGUGCUGAAGCUGCAUGAACUGUCACAGCGAUUAGAAGUUCACUUCAUUAGGAAAGAGUUUAUUACUUGUCUGGGGAAGAGAAGGAAAGCCUAGAUUUUAAUGACAGCCUCUAGUUUAAUUUCCAUUAUUCUAGGAACUUAGUGCGACAGGUCUGGAAGCAUGAAGCUAAUUUGGGCUUUUGGCGCAUGGAGGGAGGAAAGGAGAGGAUCUCUCUGUGGCAGAAAAUAGCACAAUCUCCCCUUGGGGCUAGAAAUCUUGGCAGGAAGAUGCUUCCAGGGUGACAUUUGAGUGCAGAGAUUGUGCCAGUUUUGGGGAAGGCUGGAAGGAAACAGCCAGCGCUCAGGUGUGGAAGAUUUUUAUAGCCAGUUCUGAUGAUUGACAGGCUUAGAAGUGCUUAAGAGGAUAAUAGAUAAUGAGUGCAUAUCCUGCCUGAGGAGGUGACAGUGGAGGAAGAGUGUGUUCGUGUGUGUUUAUGGGCAUCAUCACUUUCAGGGCUAGUAACGUCUGGUUUAAAGCUGGUUUAAUGAAGUGAAUGGUCUCUUCUGCAUCUACUGUCUUCUCUAUAAAGGACGGCCGUGUUCUCAAUUUUUGUUCUAUUAUUCGUUACAUACUGAUGAACUGCAUGUUUUGGGUAUAUUGUCUUGAAUUUGAAGGAUGAUUUCAAAAAAAUAUACCACUGAGUGAAACCAACAUCACGGCCUGCUCCUCAUACCGGUCCUGGACGAUAUAUCGAUAUAUCACCCAGGCCUAUUGCUGAGGAGCUGCCCCAACUGGCUGUGACUUCGCGGCUCACCUGGCCUGCUGCCACUGUAGUUCACAGAGCCACCUGUUGUCAGCCAAGCAAACUGCUACAUGACAGCUGCCUUAGUGAAGUGUAUCAUAGGAGAGGUACGUGCUAGGUUGCCCUGUAACAAAGUUGUCAGGGUGGCUUACAAUAAGGAAUAAAAGCAAAUUUAAAUUCAAUGGCAAGAACACAUGCAACAAUAAAAGUGUACUACAUUUUAGUGUUGAGAUUUUUCAGUUUUUCAGCAGGUCUUACAAAAUUUCAGGUUGUGCUUUUGUACAUCAGGUAACCUGCUGGACAGAUAAUAAGCUACUGUAUUACCUUAGAGCUUUUACUUAUGAGUGUUGUGUGUGUUUAAUAACACGUUUUAAUGAGUCAUUGUGUUCCCUCUAGGUGACUUUGCACCCAGCUGUAAAGAAACAUCUAACUGAGGGGAUUUAUCACAUCCUAGAUCUUUGUGUGGAGCGUGAUAUCAAGUUCUUAAAUGCGUCCUUACCAGUGGGAGUGAGAGAAGUUUUCAAGGAACUGUAUCACGAUUAUUCUCACUACCACAAAGCUCUAAAGCAAGGGGAUGAAAAGUACACAGCAUGAGCUACCUAUUGUCUACCUGCCGCUUUGAAAUCUCACAGAGGACUGUCUUUCAAGGUGAUGAGCACUUGCUGUUCUUAAGGUUUGUGUACUUAGUAUCUGAAAUCUAGAGGCUGUGUUCAUCUGGACAGGUGCCCAUAGCAACUUCUGCGUAGGUGACUGACAGAUGUAUGCUUUCCUAAUAAUUGCAAGCAUGUUUUGAAGAAGAAAUUGCUUACUCGGUAAAGAGAUGCUGGAGUCAGAACCUUCAAGAGACAAUGCAGUCUUCUUUUGUUGUAGGCAAUAGGUAUUCAUGUAGAAAUAAAUCAUGUUUUUGGUUUAUAUGUUUUUUAUAUUUAGACCAAGAAAACCACUCCCCGCAUUGUGCUGUAAUUGUGAGAGCUUGUUAAUUAAUUUAAUUAAUUAAUAAACCUAAUAAUUCUUUCUUUUUU